UGUUUUGCACAUUUCCGGUCUAGGGACUAUCCCUUUUCCGCUCUGAUACCUAUGGAAACUCGUUAAUGCCUAGCAACAACCACCCUCUAGGCAGCUUCAGCUUCAGUGUGCUGCUCACCCCAUCCUCGCAGGCGACGAGUAUAAUAACGUUAGCUAGCUAGCUGGCUUCAUUUGUACAAGAACUGCCAAUAAAUAAGAGGUUAUAAGAUGGCGUCAAAAUCAUUAACUGCUUUUUUCAUCCUUUACUCGUUUCUGGGCUACAUUCCAUCAUUUGGAGUAAUCCUGCGGACCACAGAUAAGAUUGUGUGGGCAAAUGAAUUUCAACCUAUUGAGUUAACCUGCUUGAUUGAAUCCAUCUCAACCAACAACCCCAGAAUUGAAUGGAAGAAAAUAAAAAAUGGCAUCCCAAGUUAUGUGUACUUUCAAAACAAAAUUUCAGGGGACUUGGAGCACAGAGCCCAGCUGAUUCAGCCAGCAAACCUAUUAAUCCUCAACACCAGCCGUUCAGAUACUGCAGAGUAUCGCUGUGAGGUCGCUGCCAUUGAUGACCACAAACACUUUGACGAAAUACUAAUCAGUCUUGCUGUUAGAGUGAAGCCAGUGGUGCCCCGGUGCAGUGUGCCUUUGGCUGUGACUGUUGGCACGUCUUCUGAGCUGCGCUGCCUGGAGAACGAGGGAUUCCCUGCCUCACAGUACCGUUGGUUUCGCAACAAUGAGGAGCUUCCCCAGGACCCAAAAAGCAGCCUCAAGUUCAUCAACUCCACCUACACCAUUAACAGUGACACAGGCGGUCUGAAAUUCCGCCGGGUUAGGAAGGAGGAUGCUGGGGAGUAUUUCUGCCAGGCAAAGAAUGAUGCUGGACACGCAGAAUGUCCUGCACAGCUAAUGGAAGUCUAUGAUGUUGACAUUGUGGGGAUUUUCCUAAAAGUAUUGGCCGCAUUGGCUGGAUUCAUCAUUGUAAUGGUUGGGAUUUGUCAUGCACACAAACAUGGCUGCUUCUCUUCUGGCAAGGAUCACACAGGAACCAACUACAAACUGUCAGCGCAGGAGAAUGGUGUUGACUAUACUGAAGCAGAUGAGGGUCACUUCCGCCACAAGUCAUCAUUUAUCAUUUGACCUCAGUGAGAGACGACUGUUGAAAGGAGACACGCUGAAAUCAAAAGCGGAAACAAAUCCCAUAACAGGGCUUUGAGUGAGAAAUUUGAGCUGUAACAAUGCACAUUAUUUUCUGGUUUGCAUCAACAAUUAACAACACAUUUGCCAAAAUAAUAAUUUCUGUUAGUUAACUAUAGUCAGUUCUUGUUGCACAUAUGGUUUGUCUUUGGUCAUUACUCUUACUGCAUCAGAAGUAUUGUUUUAAAGCUGUGCAUUUCUUACUUCCUCCUACAUGUUCAUCCUUAAUGAUGCUGGAACAUUCCUCCAUACUGUUUUUGGACAAUGUUUUUUAUCUGCUUUCUCGAGUACAUCAAACGUGUUUUACUAAAACAGUCUUGCAUAACCUCUGAAUGCAUGCUGGACUGAAUUAUGUUAAUAUGGAGAAAGGUUCUGUCACAAUUUGUAUAUAGGUAUAUACAGACAAUAAGUAGGACAUGUCAAAAAAAAUAAAGCUAAUAUGUUGUGGAGUCAAGAAAACAGUAAAACAGUCUGUUGUGCUUAAUAAAGCAAAUUAACCUUAUUCCCAGCAUUCAGAAUAGGAGAUCCAUUUUACAGGUACACAGUAUAAUCAGAGUAUAUUGCUGGAAUUCAAGAUAUUAUGCCUAGAAUAAGUAAUUAGGAUUUUUUCCGAGUGCCGUUUUUGUGUUAAGUGACCUUCUGUGCUUACUAAUUACUUUAUGGAUUUUGGACAUAUUGUCCAGUUUUGACUCAGUAAGAAAUUUUACAUAACAGGAUUAGAACAAUGUCUACAAACUCUUUGACCAAUAACAACAAAUCAGUAUGAAACAAUGUUUCGAUUGAAACUGUUACGCAUUUUUGAAACAUUUAAAUUGUUAUUUUUUCAUUACUAUUACUUGUUUGUAAAAUAAUUACUCAGGAACUGUUGUAAAAAGUUAAUUGUUGAGACGUUGUUGUGUAAUCGAUUGUA